AUGCGCUGUUCCAGAUGCCUGCGCUACUGGCAGGUGGCGGCGCUGGGCGCGGGAAGCACGAUGGGCGCGGGCGCGCACUUGCUGCUGGGCGCGGCGGCGCUGCAGGCGGCCGGCCCGGCGGUGGUGGUCUCCUUCCUCGUGGCCGGCCUGGCCGCGCUGUGCUCGGGGCUAUGUUAUGCUGAGCUGGGCGCGCGAAUACCGCGGGCGGGCGGCGCCUAUUCCUACGCUCUCGUCGCGCUGGGCCAGCUGCCUGCCUUCUUCGUCGGCUGGCUCAACAUAUUCGAGUCUGUGUUCGCUACAGCGAGCCUGGCCCGAGGCCUGAGUAUGUUUGUGGACUCGGCGGCCAACAACACCAUGUCCGACUGGUUCACCACCACCAUGCCCAUAAACGUUAACCACUUCUCGCCGUACUUCGACCUCUUCGCUUUCCUGAUCGUCCUUGCCUUAGGAGGCCGCGUUUACACUGGCGUGUAUAAAGAAUCUCUAAAUGUGCAAGCUUUCCGCAAGUUACUUAGAGACCAAUAG